CUCUCUCUAUCUCGCCCCUCCCAGUUAGGAAGCUGGUGCGCUGCUGCUCCGUGGUAGUGGUGAUAAUGUCGUCCUCUUCACCGGGCUCGGUGCUGAGGGCUCUGCUCUCCCGCUGGAAGUCAUACCGACACCGCUUUGUGCCCUGGGUGGCUCUGAACCUGGCCCGGAACCGCAGAACCUUGCGUGAUGUCUCGGAAAGCAGUUGUGACAAACUUGUUUCUGAUGCCGUUGUGAACAGCACACUAAUCGGCGUCUUCCAAGCUUUAUUCAGGGCUGAUUUGUACAGACAGAGAGACCUCCUCCAUAUGCUUUCUGAUUGCACUAAGGUCUUGUAUUAUAACCCAGACACUGGAGACGCACAGAACUGCCACACGGACCGCGAUGUCCCCUUACAAGUGGAUGAGAUAUUGUACAGGUCUCUCGGGUUCACCAUUGAACGACGCCCAAGCUCUCUGGACUCAGCUGGGAUUGGAGUUUUUGUUUCUAGAGGGUUUGUGCCCAAAGGAUCCGUAGUGUCUAUGUACCCCGGUGCCAUUUACCAAAACUAUGAGCCCAUAUUUUUUCAGUCGGUCGGAAACCCAUUUAUUUUUCGGUGCCUGGAUGGUAUUCUCAUUGACGGGAAUGACAAGGGGAUCUCAAAGUCUGUAUACCGAUCUUGCAGCGGAAGAGACCGGCUCGGGCCUCUGAAGAUGUGCGAUUCAACAUGGCUGACCAGCUUCCCCCAUAAUCCACUGGCUGUAGGACAGUAUGUUAACAAUUGCUCCAAUGAGAAGGAAGCUAACGUGUGCUAACAGGAAUUUGAUGUGCCUGACGCAUUCCAUUGGAGCUACGACAAUACAUCCCAAACAUUUGCUAUUCUCAUGAGAGUGAAGGGCCGGUAAGGUGCGUCAUUCUUGUCGCUCUUAGAGACAUACAGUGUGGAGAAGAGAUCUUUUCAAACUAUUUUACAAUAAUUCAUUAGCAAAUGCUGGGCCUCAAGAUUUUUAUACAUAUAGAAACAGAAGCUUUACAGGAUGUAUCAGAGGUCAGACGUGUGCAAUGGUGGCCUAUAUAUAUUUUUUCUAUGUACAGGUGUCCUUUUAGGAAUUAUAUAUAUAUAUAUAUUUUUCCCCCAAGAUAUCUUCAUGAUGUGAUCAGUAUUGGUGCCAUGUAUUGGAAAGACAUUUGGAAUGAAUGCCAAAGGUUUCUCUGCACACUGGGACAUGAGUAGUGAUGGCAUGUCAUAUUUACGCACUGCUGUACUGUGUACGGUAAUGCUGUACUGGGUAGAGCACAGUUUCUUCUGUGAUGAUAAAAGAUAACCAUACUUUCAGAUGCCUCCCCGAGCAAAGCAACACCUUCCCCUGCCCCAGAUGUGUACUUGC